AGUAACCUCUCACUGUGUGCCAUCAGUAUUUCCAGUAAUCUAACAAAGAGGGGAUCUCUCUUAAAAUGAACUCUCUUAUAGGAAUCCUGGGUGUGCUCUCUGUUCUUGUUUCAACAGGUGAUUCUCUAUCUUGUAUUAAGUGUUUGGGAAGCAGUAAUGCGACUUGCAUUGGUAGCAGUGUGACAUGUCCAUCUGAUAAUAUUUGUGUAAAUGGGUAUUCUCUUACCAACGCAGCUGGAACAAUCACUCCAUCAUUUAAUAGAGACUGUGGACCAAGGAAUCAGUGCAAUCUGACCGGAAGUGUCACUUUCAAUAUUGGUCUUGUCAGGGUAGCAACAACCUGUUGUAGCACUGACAAUUGUGAUCCGGGAAUUCCAACAUUGCCAUCUAAUAACAAUCAGCAGAAUGGAUUAACCUGCAGAACCUGCUACUCAGGGAAUUCCCUCUCGUGUUACACGUCAGAAACCAUCCAAUGUAAAGGUGUAGAGAACAAGUGUUUCCUCUUGGAAAAAAAAUUAUCAGGAACAUUCUUUUCAAAAGAAGCUCUCCGAGGAUGUGCCACGGACACAUACUGCAGUCUUCUUGGUACCCAAACAGCGAGCUAUGAUGGUCUAGACAUUGAUAUGAAAGUGUUCUGCACAAGUGGAACCAAUAGUCUCCACGGUGGAUUUUUCCUUUCCACAGCUGUUUUUGUAGUUUUACUCAAAAACUUAUUUUUUUGAAAAUUAAUUUCCUCAGUGACUUUGGAUUUUUGUUCAAAUUUGCUAAAAAAAAAAUGUAAGAGCAAAUUCCAUUUAAAGGAAAUGACAGAUGGUAGUGCAAAUCCUGUAUCAGAAUCUAUUAUUCUGUUAAAAAUAUUUGUUUGAUUAUUUUUUAGAAAUGUCAAAUGUUAAACUUUAUCUACAUUUAUAAUCUGUUGUAUUACACACAAUGACAAUCUCUGAAUGCAUGUUAAGUUUUUUCUAAAUCAGAUAUAGGCAUGUCAUUUUUUUUCUUGUUUUCUUUGAAAUUAAUUUGGUGGAAAGUUUAGGAGUCUAAUUUCUUGAUGUAUGGAUUUCUCUUUG